CUGGGUACCUACUUUGGCUCUUAAAACAUCUUGCUUGAAGUUACAUCUUACUUACAUCUCUCUCUGUCUUGCAUACAGUACCUGGAUGCAGCUGACAUUGGCGAUGUUGGACUCUAUAUGCGCAUCAUAGCAAUGUUGGGGUCAUUGCUUCUAUCUAUCCACUAUCUGUCUAUUCACCACCCCAGGAAUCAUUCAGGAAAUAUCACAUCUCACACCUUAUUCAACCAUUAUCGUUAUCUAACUCUGUACACACACACGAAUCAUAUAGGUGGGUCAAUACGGCAAAAAGGGAAGAACUUUGUUCUACUCGAGUACACGUAUUACUAAUACCGUAUGUCUGAUAUGCCAGCUGUUACACUUUCGAUAGUUUCACAAAAACGAGUCUGAUAGGCAGUCAACUAUCUCAACAUCAAGCCCUGUUUCUCUAAUAGACCAAAGAACUACUUGAGUAUAUUGAGAAGGUCUCACCCCGUCCACCUAUAACUUGCAAUCAUGGCUGGCCUCGUACAACCAUUUCUUAAUUCUCUUGGCCCAGAAGUGGAGGACCCCGAAGAAGAGGCUUUUCUGUUAUUCUCUCAAACCAUCCCAUCCCAGAAUCUCGGAUUCGUAGAUUCAAAGGCUACUGAAAUAGAUUUGACGAUUAAUGGUAAAGAUCUCACAAUUUAUCAAUCUCCUACAAUCUUAUCAUCAAAUCGUGAUGGGGGAACUACUGGAGCAGUGAUAUGGAAAAUCACCCCCCUUUUCGCAAAAUGGAUAUCCUCACCUACAAAUCCUCUCCUCCAACAUCAGAUAAUCUCCCCUGAUUCAGUAGUCCUUGAAUUAGGUUGUGGAAUAUCUGGUCUAAUAGGUCUUACUCUAUCACCCCUUCUCCAAACAUACAUCCUUACAGACCAACCAUAUGUCCUCAAAUUCCUCUCUCAAAAUCUUUCUUCCAACUCCUCCACACUAUCAACCACAACAAAUUCCAAAUCCAAGUCCCGAAAAUCCAAGAACCCAUCGUCAACAUCUACAUCAACAACCCAACAAACCUCACCCCACAAAAUCAUCCCUCUAACCCUCGACUGGGAAACCGACGUCGUCUCCCCCUCUCUCACCUGCUCAGAAACCACCACCAGCUUCGAUGCAAUCAUAGCAUGUGAUUGCAUCUACAACGACGCAUUAAUCCCACCCUUUGUCCAAACAUGUGUUGAUCUCUGUCGUCUUCGUUCCACAUCUUCAUCUUCAAAAAAUCAAGAUCAAGAUCAAACAGAACCAAGUAAUCCAACUUUCUGCAUCAUAGCCCAACAACUCCGCUCUCCGGAUGUUUUUGAAUCCUGGCUUAAGGAAUUUAAUAGAUUUUUUAGGGUGUGGAGGGUUCAGGAGGGAGAUAUUCAGGAGUGUGGGUUGGGAGAAGAUUCGGGGUUCGUGGUGCAUGUUGGGAUUUUGAGAUAGGGGGGAAAGGGUGAGUUUGGUGUGUCUUGUGUGUAGAUCGGAUUCUAUAUGAUAGGAAAUCUUUGGAUGUUGUUUUGAUGGUUUGGUUCUUGAUGAAGAGGAUGGAUAUCUUUCCUUGAAUAUUGUGUAAGAUAAUGGAUCAUAUCACAUCAUACUGAAUACUCGAAAUGAGGUUCGAAGAUGGGGAAUUGGAUAGAUAUCUAUACUAUCAACAAACUAGAGUAUAUGGCGUAUU